GUCCGGACGUCAACUUACCAUGUAUGCGGGAUCGCGCGACGCUCCACGCAUUUCUACCUAACGUGCAACAGCUGUGUUGUUCGCGAUAAAAUCGCUAAUAAAGCAAAAAACUCGCGGAACGAUCGACGCGAGUGUGUGAUAAAUGUCACGAUGAAUUAAAAUAAACUGUAUUAAGGGAACGUAAGUGCGAUAUGUAAACGUAAAUCGAACCAAACUCAAAUUUAGCGGCCAAAGUAAUUUCAGCCAGCGGCUCAUUUCCGCGAGCUGUUCUAGUGAUCGGUUAAGUGGGGGCGAUAAUUCGAUCUGGAAGCGACGAGGGAGGUGGAAAAUUGAAAACGGAAUGUUUGUGCAUCUCUCCGUCCGGAUUGACGAUAAUGCUCGUUUCGUGCUCGAACGGUUAUUACGCUAUGCGUAGAAAAGUGUUCCCAUGGCACUCGGGAGGAUCAUUCGCACUGCACGAGGGUGCGGCAGCCACGGUUAAUAAUUGAAGCAUCCUUCCUACACACGUGUCAGCGGCCGUACAUGUCACCGGCCGUACGUGUCACAUGACACUGUGUCCUGCACGCGACGGGAAAAUUCGAUUCUAUCGCUCGCGAAAAAGUUCCUCGAAUCGUCAUGGGAAGCUGGACUCCGCCGCGCGGGCAGCGCGCGGCUAAUUUUAGAAAAAUUAAUGAAUCGUCGUACACCUUAAUCGUAAUCCUGUCUAUUAAUUAAUAGUAAUGCUGUUUGACGGUGUGAUGUCAGAUAUUUGAACAAUAUAAACCUCUGCGCUAAUAAAUCUAUUUGUCUUUGUUGUCUCGCAGAAAAGAGAAAAUGUAAACUUGACAUGUGUCGUAUACAAACUUGAUAUUGCUAGUGCAUAUCAAUUUUGUAUCUUUUAAGCGCUGAAACACACACUCCAAAAUGUAAAAUAUAAAAGAUAUUUCAGCUGAGAGUGACUGACCGUAGUUGCAUUGGACGCUCCGCUUGGAAACGUCAAAUUGUCACGCGACAACAAUAAUAAUAACAAAGGUUUACUAUUAUAUUUCAUCGUUUCAUCGCGUUCCCUUUGACAGCGUAAAAAGUUCAACCAGAACUAUGAUCGACUAUGAUUCGACUGUGAUCAUUCGAGUUCAAAUCCAGGGAGAGUAUCAUCAAACACGUAUAAGUAACUUUAUCCUUCCCUUUAUCUCUACGCGCGUACGAGAGAACAAAUCGUCUCGAAGUUAUCGCGCGAUUUCCAGUUCGAAGAAUGUAAAAAAAUUAUCACAUUCCUUCGAUAUCGCAUCAGUGAACAACGAUUUUCGCCUUCUGAUCGAAUCUGGUCAACUGAACUUUUUAAAGUGAAUAAAAAAUGUGAUGUAUAAGUAGGCGGCGGAAGUGAUUCGAUUAUCCCGAUCAUAUCUCCCCGAAGUGACGCCGAAAUGACAAAAACGUUUCGCUGUGAGAUAUACCAAUACCGGUUUGUAAAUGUUUUCUAACACAGGAAUCGUUAAGAAUCCGUAGUAAUUAGCGCUGCUUAAGUAAAGAAUAAUCAUAGUCAUAUAAAUUGUAACUUGUGUGUAAUAAUUGUCUUCAUUAAUUCAACAGUGUGAUAACUUUCGAAUAAUUAAAUCAUAACUGUAAUCUUAAUCCGAUUAGUAUUGAAAUAUGUGUAAGUCGUCAUCGUCGACAAUGUCGUUGUAUAAUUGUCAGUUAUUAAUGUAAUUUCACGUGACAGUGAUGACGAGAAAUCGUCAUUUUUCUUUUAUCGGAAACUUUAAUUCCACUCCGACUCAUGAUACAUUCGUGUAACGUUCGUCAUUAAAAAAAAACAGCGCAAAAACAAUUGUCACAGACAGGUAAUGAUUCAGUCGAAAGGAAUUGGAGCUCCAAAGCACGUGAAAGAGGAAGCGUACGUCGAUGUUUCGUAUCGCACGGUGGUGGUAGUGCACUUUGCUCGUUUGCAGGACCACUUCAUUUCGCGAAGAUGAAUUCCAGCAUGAACUUUACGCCGGUGCCAGAGUCCACGGGAUACGAGUGCGGGCCGCGCUUGGAAUCCUUCCACAAUUGGUAUUUUGAGGUGCACGGAUGGGCUAGUCUGCUGGUAUGCAUAUUCGGCUCAAUCGCCAAUGUGCUCAAUAUCGCCGUGCUGACGCGUCGUGAGAUGCAAUCGCCCACUAACAUGAUUCUCACCGGUCUCGCCGUGGCCGAUCUCCUCGUGAUGAUCGAGUACAUUCCUUACACGAUCCACGGGUACCUGUAUAAACGAUCCCGCAGAGAUACAUUCACCUACGGCUGGAGCAUGUUCGUGCUGAUCCACUCGAACUUCACUCAAGUAUGUCACACGAUCUCGAUCUUUCUUACGGUGACACUGGCGGUCUGGAGGUAUAUCGCAGUAGCGCAUCCGCAGAAGAAUCGCGAGUGGUGCAGCGACAAGCGCACCUUCCUGAUGAUCGCCUUCGCAUACGUGUCCUGUCCGAUACUUUGCAUACCGGUCUAUAUCAACAGCGAAGUGCGGCCGCAAAUGGAAUUACUAGACAAACGGGGGAUGAGCGUGAAUCUGACGAAACUCCAGCAGACAGUCAACAACACGGACGAGUUUCUCGAAGGCAUGACCAAUACCACGUUGUACUUUGUGAGACUCACCGAGUCUCCGGUAAGCAAUGCCCUCAAGGACAUCAAUCUCUGGAUUUACAGUGUAGCGAUCAAGCUAAUACCGUGUAUAGCAUUGACGGGAUUGAGUUUUAAGCUCGUCAAGGUGUUGCUGGAGGCGAAACGGAGGCGGAAGAAGCUCACUACGAAAAACACCGCUAUCAAAAUGGGCAAUGGCAAGGAGCACGUCUGCGAGAAACCCAAAAAGAGGAGAAAGGGCAAUGAUAAAGAAAGACAGACUGACAGGACUACGAUGAUGUUGUUGGCGGUGCUCCUGUUAUUCCUCAUCACGGAAAUGCCGCAAGGCAUCUUAGGAUUGCUUAGCGUUAUAUUGGGCCCGAGUUUCUUAAACACGUGCUACAUGAAGUUGGGCGACGUGAUAGACAUUCUGACACUUAUAAACUCGGCCAUCAACUUCAUCCUGUACUGCGCCAUGAGCCGACAAUUCCGAAAGACCUUCAAUCAGCUGUUCUGCAACCGAUGGCGAUUAAUCGGCAGGUGGAUGGCAGUGCCGCAUCAGCCGAUGGAUAACAACGGACACACCGGGACCAAUCACACGGUGACCCAGGUCACCCAGGUCUAGCGAAGAAAUCGACGGACCUUUUGCUAUCCGGUGUAAAGAGCUCACUGAUUAGCUUCCUUUUAGACACGUGCAUCACAAGUCCGGGAGAAUAGAAAGGGGAUAUUUCCUCCGUGAUUCUCCGUCCGCCAACGUGGCGGUAAGCAAAGAGAAGUGAAAUUUAUUUGCUCGCUACUGCCACCGGUCUUAAUUGCAUCGUCGUUGCGAACUUUACAACGCCCGGGGCGUCUUCAAGCGCCGGCUUCGCCGUCCCCGGACAUACGACACACCAGAUGUGUAACAAAUAUUUGUUUAAGUUAGCUGGCGAGUCGUUAUGUUUUUUCAACAUGUUCCUUUACAAUUUUGCUUCAGUGUUACUUAGUUACAUUGCAGCGCGUCUGACUGCCGUCAAAUCGACGAUACGCACAAUUAUACUUAAAAGCAAAUGUUGUGAUAGUUACGCGAAAAAGCUUACGAGCUCUGUCAGAUUAUUGUCAAUAACUUUGUAAUGUCAAGUACUUAAGAUAUCUUUAUUUAAAAAAUGGCAGUAAUAGUAGUUUUAAGGGUCCAUUCUACCUUGCGACCCGAAAAAGAAGACGAUCUUUGGGAAUUUUUGCGGGAAAAGUGAUCAAAGUCAUAUACUUUAUUGUUUUUACAUCUUAUUUGUUGUAAUUUUCUCUUUAAUUUGUAAUUUUUUGUACAAA